GCCAUGCCUCUGCCAAGACGUCGGUCCUCCUUCUUGGGCCAGCACUCCACUGCAGAGCGCCCGGGUAGCGCCAGCACCAGGGCUGGCACCGUGGGCAUCACCACAGCCCCCCGGGGCGUCUUUGUGGGGACAGCCCCCACGGGCGGCACCUGCAGCCUGGGCACGCGAGUGUCGCGGCGUGCACUGGGCAUCAGCAGUGUGUUCCUGCAGGGGCUGAGGAGCACGGCUGUGCCUGUUAUGCCCCAUGGGGCUGGGGCUGGUGGCAGGCAGCACCCCGGGGGUGCUGAGAGCCUUAACUGCUGCCUGAUGGAGUACAGGGACAAGGUGCACGCCCUGGAGCUGCUCAACCAGCAGCUGGAGGAGCAGAUCCGACACUGCUUGGAUCGUAAGGCGUCCAGUGCCGGAGCCUGGGGUCCCCUCAGACAGGACUGGGAGGACGUCUACAGGCAGGUUAGUGAGUCCAUCCUUGACAAUGCCAGGCUAAUGCUGCAGACAGAGAAUGUGCAGGCCAACGCUGAGGACUUCAAGGACCGGUAUGAGAAUGAGCAGCCCUUCAGGAAAGCGGUUGAGGAAGAGAUCAGCUCUCUGUACAAGGUGAUUGACGAUGCCAACCUGACCAAGUCAGACCUGGAGAGCCAGAUGGACAGCAUGAGGGCUGAGCUCCGAGACCUGGCACGCAACCACGAGGAGGACGUGAGGGUGCUAUACAACCAGAUGGCAGGCCGUGAGGUGGAUGAACCGGACGCUCCCAUUGAGACCAAUCUGGACCAGAUACUGGCCUACAUCCGCUCCCACUGGGAAAGAGUCAUCGAGAAGAACCGUGCCGAGACCGAUGCCUACCUGGAAUACAAGCAGGAGGAGAGUGUGGGCAGUAAGCUGAGUCAUGAGGAGGAGGAGCUGGAGAGUCUGAAGACGGAGUAUAACGAUGCUGGUUGUAAAAUCCAGAGUUUGCAGGCCGAAACCGAGUCCAUCAGAGCACUGAAGCGCGGCCUGGAGAACUCCCUGAACGACGCCAAGCAUUGGCAUGACAUCGAGUUGCAGAACCUGGGAUCCGUCAUUGGCAAGCUGGAGUCAGAGCUGGGCGACGUCCAUGGCGACAUUGAACAGCAACGCCGUGACUAUGAGACGUUGCUGGGUAACAAAAUGCGCCUGACGCUGGAGAUCGGCACCUACCACGGCAUCUUGGAUGGGGAGGAGAGCCGCUACCACCCCUCGAUGUGA